AUGUUGCCGGUAGUCCCUUCUAAGGGGCGCACCCCCGUGGUUGCGGCAAUACUCGACCAAGGUCCGCAACCACCGGCAACCGCCGCCACCACAUCGCCGGCCGGAACUCCACCAGCUCCGCCUCACAUUGCCGCCCCACAUCCACCCCGACUCUGCCACACAUCACCGCCAGCUGCAACUCUUCCUGACCAGAUUCCGGCUUCUCCGGCGACCGCGUCAGUGCACAUGUUACGAGCUGUCCUGCUGGAGAAGACGACCUCUUCCCGCCGGAGAAGACGAGUUGUCCCGCCGGAAAAGACGAGCUCAUACCGCCGGAGAAGACUAGAUGUCCCGCCGGAGAAGACGACCUCGUCCCACCGGAGAAGACGAGCUGUCCCGCAGGAGAAGACGACCUCGUCGCGCCGGAGAAGACGAGCUGUCCCGCCGGAGAAGACAACCUCGUCCCGCCUGCCAACUUCCGUCGACCUCUGUCAUCUUGGAUCCAGUCAUCUUGCCGGAAAUCGGUACAGGCGGAGGCGGCUGCGCGGCGAUGCUCCAGUGGCCAGAAGGUGGGCGAGAACAGAUGGAUGUUGGCGGAAGGCGGCGGCGAUGUGGUGGUCGGACUGCUGGACUGUUCUCAUCUCUUAUUCCUCUCGGCUCUCUCUCAACUCCGGCGUGCGGCUGAUCGGCGACCUUCGAGCGGCAGAGACGGCGACGGCGAGACCUUCGAAGCUUCGACUCGAGCGGUGGGACCUCGGCUCGUGUGGCGACUGGCGAGCGGCGAACCUUCAAGGCGAAGCAGCAGUGUCGACUGUCGAGCGGCGAGUGACUAGCGGCAAGGGGCAGCGAGACCUUCGAAGCUUCGACUCGAGCGGUGGGACCUCGGCUCGUAUCAACGAUAGAAGAGAUGCCAAUCAAAGGCCCCGUGACUCGCCACAAGGCCCCACCUUCUUGUUAGCACUCCACGCAGACACAGGCGGCGCGUGUCACCACCUCCGGCAUAUCCGCCACCCUGCUCCACUCUCCGCCGGCGCAAUCGUAGACCAGCACCAGCCCCUCCUUCAGCCCCCUCUCCGACCGCCCGCUCCGCCGAAGCAAGUCGUCGAUGCAGCCCACCACCUGCACCAGAACCACCCUGUCCCCGGCCCCAACGCAGCUGAACCUCACCGUGCUGUCCAGCCUGACCUGCGCCGGCAGCGGCGGGCUCCUUAUCCUGCUCCACUCCCCAAAGCUGCAGCUCCUCCUCGACGCGCCGAACUUCCAGAACGACAGCUCCACCGCGUGACUCGACAGGAUGUAGACGUAGCCGCCGGCGGCGCAGGCCGCCACCACGCAACCGCCACCGGGGACCGACCGGCUCCUCAGCCACGCACGCGCCUCCACGUCGUACAGGUCCAUCGAGCUGGCGUAUACGUGGGCGCCGUCCGCCCCGGCGGCGCGUGA